AUGGCACGAAAGUCAGCACCAGGUAGCGCCCAAAAGGGUCGCAAGACAGCUGCGAAAGCUCCGGCAGAUGGCUCACCAAUUCAAGCGCGCAAAGCUGCAAAAGGGAAGAAGCCCGCAAAUACAACAGCCGAUGUCCAGCCAGGCGACCCAACCCCAACAGGCCGCCGCCGCCGCUACAAACCUGGCACCAAAGCCCUAAAAGAAAUCCGCCAAUACCAACGCGGCUACGAGCUCCUCAUCGCAAAACUCCCCUUCGCCCGACUGGUCCGCGAAGUAGCCCUCGACCUCCUCCCCGCCGACGUUGGUGCCGAAUUGCGCUGGCAGUCGCAUGCAAUCCAGGCACUGCAGGAGGCUGCCGAGGCUUUCCUUGUUCAUCUGUUUGAGGAUACGAAUCUUUGCGCGUUGCAUGCUAGGCGUGUCACUAUAAUGCAGAAGGAUAUUCAGCUUGCGAGGAGGAUUCGCGGGGUUUGGGGUGGAUUGGGGUGA